UUUUGUAACAAAUUGUGCACAAAUGCGUUUCGUUGCAGGCUUUUAUUGCCAGUAAAAAUAUAAUCUCAACAAUAUCAAGUCAACAUGUCGCUGAGACCAGCUCUGUUGCUGGUGCUCUUGGCAGCAGCAAGUUGGAGCAAUCCGGCGUGUCCGACAUUUGACCCAGACUUGGUAACCGUGCAUCUCGUGUGUCAUACGCACGAUGACGUGGGCUGGCUUAAAACAGUCGACCAAUACUUCUAUGGCGCAAACAAUUCAAUUCAGCGCGCUGGAGUGCAGUACACCAUAGACUCGGUUGUCAACGAGCUCGGCAAGAACGCAACCCGCAAGUUCAGCUACGUCGAGAUGGCAUUUUUCACCCGCUGGUGGCAUCAGCAGAACGAUGAAGUCAAGGACCAAGUCAAGGCUUUGGUGGCGAGCGGUCAACUUGAGCUCCUCAACGGUGGCUGGAGCAUGAACGACGAGGCGGCCGCUCACUACACGGCCAUCGUAGAUCAGAUGACCUUAGGACUUGUUUUCAUCAACCAAACUUUUGGGCCAAAUGCUAGGCCACGAGUGGCUUGGCAAAUUGAUCCUUUUGGACACUCGAAUGAACAAGCCAGCCUUUUCGCGCAAAUGGGAUUCGACGGACUCUUCUUUGCUCGCGUCGACUACCACGACAAGGAUAAGCGAUGGACGUCGAAGAACAUGGAGAUGGUGUGGCAGCCUAGCCAAAGUCUGGGCGAGGCUGCGUGGCUGUUUACGGGUGUGCUGCCUAAUCAUUACGAGCCUCCAAGUGGGUUCUGCUUCGAUGAUCUGUGCAGCGAUCCUCCCAUCAUGGAUGAUCCUAUGCUAGAAGAUUAUAACGUCGAUUCGCGGGUCUUGGAAUUUUUGGAUGCAGUAAGUGCUCAGGCUGAAGCUUUCCGCACCAACCAGCUAAUCAUGACCAUGGGGAGUGACUUCCAGUACCAGAAUGCCGCCACUUGGUACAAAAACCUCGACAAACUCAUCAAGUACGUUAACGCUAGACAAGAGGCAGGUUCCAAGGUACGUGUGACAUACUCCACGCCUUCGUGCUACGUCGACGCUCUUCAUGCGUCUCAGAUCAGCUGGGGAACAAAGCAAGACGAUUUCUUCCCAUACGCCUCUGACCCCCACGCCUACUGGACGGGGUACUUCACUUCCAGACCGACUUUCAAAGGAAUGAUCAGGAAGGCCAACGGCUUCCAUCAGGCGCAGAAGCAGCUGCUGGCAGUGACAGGGUCUGGCAGGACGUCGGGUCUGGAGAGGAUGGCAGCGACGCUGGGAGUGACGCAGCAUCACGACGCUGUCACUGGCACGGCCAAGCAGCACGUCACCGACGACUACUACAAGAGGCUCGACGUCGCGCUGCAGGCCAGCCAAGACGAACUCGUCCCGGUUAUCAGAAAGCUGUCAACUGGUGGGUUUGGAUCUGCCGGCGCGAAGGCAGCAGGCGCGGUAUCGUUCUGUCCGCAACUCAACAUUUCAUCGUGCGAGUUAACGGAAACUUCAGAAAACUUCCAAGUGGUCGUCUACAACAGCAUCGCCAGACCCAUCGACACGCCCGUGCGGAUUCCUGUGCCUGAUUUUGCUUAUAAAGUCACCGACUAUCAGGGUAAUGGCAUCAUCUCGCAGCUGGUGCCGGUACCUGACGCCAUUCAGGCGAUCCCGUACCGCACGUCAGCGGCGGUGUUCGAGUUGGUGUUCAUGGCGCAGGCGGUGCCGCCGCUGGGGUCCACCACCUACCAAGUCACCAGGACCGCCGCCCGAGGAGUCUACGAGUCACAAAAGUCUAUGAGGAGGAAGAUAACAGAGGGAAAUGAUGGCUUUAUCUCGCAAGGGCGCGUAUCUGUGCGAGUGGACGGCAGCACAGGAUCGCUAAGCGGGAUCCUUUACGCGACCAAAUAUGGCGUCAAGGAGAUAACGGUCACCGGGGAGAAACUUUUCUACCACGGCACGAGUGGCGACAACAGUGAAUUUGACCUUCGCGCUUCUGGGGCUUAUAUAUUCAGACCGAACGGCACAGAUGCUUUCCCAGUACAGGCUUCCAACACAGUCCAGUUUGAAGGCGAGGUUGUGAGUGAAAUACACGUGGAGUACGGGUCUUGGGUGUCGGAAGUGAUAAGGACCUACAAAGGCUUCCCGCAAGUCGAGACUGAGUGGCUCGUUGGACCCAUCUCCUUAUCAGACGGCUUCGGAAAGGAGGUAAUCACCCGCUACACCGUUGAAGGCAUGGCCACCAACAACACAUUUUAUACAGACGCCAACGGCCGGGAAAUGCAAAAGCGAACGAAAGAUUACCGCGCGACAUGGGAACAAGAAAUCACAGAGCCUGUGUCGUGGAACUACUACCCUGUGACGGCUCGCCUCCUGCUGCAGUCCAGCAAUGACAUGGGCAAAUUUGUGGUGCUUACCGACCGAGCCCAGGGUGGGACGUCUCUAUCUGACGGUCAAGUGGAGCUUAUGGUUCAUCGUCGCCUGUUCUUCGACGAUGCUUUUGGCGUCGGAGAAGCUCUCGAUGAGAUGGCCUACGGCAGAGGACUUAUAGCUAGAGGCGUCCACUGGCUCCUUCACAGUGAUGCCGCGACUGCGGAUUGCGACUUUGCUUGUCUGCAUCGGCGUCUGGGAGAAGAGCUAUUCAUGAGGCCGCUGAUAAUGUUCCAGGACGGCACAGACCCAAUGCCAGCUCCGGUGUCGAACUUGAAGAGCCCCUUACCCGAGCAAGUGCAUCUGAUGACAUUAGAACCAUGGCUUUCCAGUGGACAGUUCUUACUGAGACUGGAGCACAUGUUUGAGGCCGGCGAGAGCGCCAAUUUUAGUGUACCUGUUACUGUCGACUUACAGAACCUGCUGACUAAGUACACAAUAACGGACGCCCAAGAGACGGUGUUGUCAGCCAACCAGUGGGCAGCGGAUAGCACUCGACUUCAAUGGCAAGUUGAGGGACAGGAAUUCGCUGAACAACUUGUUCAGUUGGAAGAGGAAACUGAAAACAAUUGGCUCUAUGGUCGAGCUAAGGUCUUGGCUGAAAUUUUCAGCCAUUUCAGUGAAAAUACGUACACUUCCCCGAGAUUUGGCCAACCCAAACGACCCAAGGCCGAUUUAAGCGUGACCCUUCAGCCGAUGCAAAUUCGCACUUUUGUUAUUACUGUUCAAACUGCAACUUAAUUUACGUACUAAUUAGAUAAUAAAUGUGAUU